GGAAGGAAAAGGUGUUAAAACAUCGGCUUUUGAUUAGAGAAAUUUUGUUACAAAAAGUAGUUCAAAUACACUUUAUUCAUAAUAAAAUUUCUAAAAAUCAAACUACUUUAAUCGUUCUUAAUUCAUUUUAUAUUAUGAAAAGUUAAUAAAUAAAAAAUAAAGCAAGAAAAAACUAGUUCAAAAAAUACUGUGCCGGCUUAAAGAAAAAUUUUUCUAAAUGAAAAUGGCUGCGGAUGGCGUGGAUAUCGAUUUGUAUGGAGAUGAUUUAGAUCAAGAUUCCCAGUUCGUAAAACAAGAAUUUGAUGGUGAGGCAGUGGAUUUAUAUGAUGAUGUUAUAGCAACUGGUCCAAAUGACAAUGACGAAGACGGAACUUCUUCUUCCAUAAUACAAGAAAGAGGAGACGGUGAAACCAAUGGAUCAUAUAAUUCUAGUGGUCCAGGUCAACAUAUUGGUAGAAAAUACCAAUUAUAUGUUGGAAAUUUCACUUGGUGGACAACUGAUCAAGAUAUCACAAAUGCUGUUCAAGAAGUUGGCGUUAAUGAUUUUCAAGAAGUUAAAUUUUUUGAAAAUCGUUCAAACGGGCAAUCAAAAGGAUUUUGUGUUAUAUCUCUAGGUUCGGAAUCUAGUAUGAGGCUUGUAAUUGAAAGGCUACCGAAAAAAGAAUUACAUGGUCAAAAUCCUGUCGUAACAUUACCAACAAAACAAGCACUUAAUCAAUUUGAAAGCCAACAAAAAACGCGUCCAGUUCCUCCACAACAAAACGGACCACGAGGUCCAGUAAAUAUGAGUGGAAUGCAACCACAUCCUGGAGGACCACCACCACCAGGUCAUCAACCACGAAUGAUGAAUCCAAAUAUGCAGGGGCCACCAGGUCAAUAUAGGCCACCUCAUAUGGGCCCGCAAAAUAUGCAAGGACCCCCAAUGCAAAAUCAAGGUCCUCCAAGAAUGCAGCCUCCAAUGCAUCAAGGUGGUCCUCCUGUUCAACAAAUGGGUCAAGGACCUCCAAGAUAUCCAAAUCAGCCGCCACCACAAUGGAAUGGUCCACCAAGACCGCAAGGUCCACCUAGACCACAAGGUCCCCCAGGUUCAAUGCAACAUAGACCACAAAUGUUUCAAGGACCUCCAGGGCCCGGAGGAAUGCCACCAAGAGGUAUGCGUCCUGAUUGGAAUAGGCCUCCAAUGCAUGGUGGUUUUCCGCCACAAGGUCCACCUGGACCACAGGGGCCACCACAUAUGCAAGGUCCACCCAGAGGACCACCGCCACAAAUGGGCGUUGGUGGUCCCCCAGCACCACAUGUUAACCCUGCAUUCUUUAAUCAAGGUGGACCACCACAAAUUCAAGGAGGUCCUCCAAUGCCACCACAUGCUGGACCACCUGGUCCACCACAACAACAAAUGAAUAUGCCGCCGCAACACGCAGCACCUCGUGGCCCAUGGCCUGGUGGUCCGAGUAAACCACCAUCAUCCGGUUUCCCAGAACAACAAACUAUCGUUCCUGCUUUAAGUGAAGUUGAAUUUGAAGAAGUAAUGAGUAGAAAUCGAACAGUUAGUAGUUCAGCAAUAGCAAGAGCCGUUUCAGACGCCGCAGCAGGUGAAUAUUCGAGUGCUUAUGAAACUCUUGUUACAGCUAUAUCUCUAAUAAAGCAAUCUAAGGUGGCCGCUGAUGAAAGGUGUAAAAUAUUAAUUAGUUCAUUGCAAGAUACUUUACAUGGUAUUGAGGCAAAAAUUCAUAGUCGGCGAGAACGGUCAAGGUCUAGAGAACGUUCCCACCGCUCAAGACCUCGAAGAGAGAGAUCAAAUUCAAGAUAUAGAGAAAGGUCAAGGGAAAGGGAGAACCGAUAUCGUUCUAACAGUUAUCGUGAAAGUGGCAGGGACAGAUCUAGAAGCAGAGAACGAGAUCGUGGUGGAAAUAGCGAUCAUUAUCGGGAAGAAAGCGGGAGAUCUGGAAGACCAAGAAAUAAAUCUCCAGAACAGGUAGCUGAACAAACCAGCGAAACAUCAUCAAAACGAAGCUAUUAUGAUGAAAGAUAUAGAUCAGAACGUGAUCGUGGUGAUAGAGAUCGGGAGCGGGAACGCGAUCGUGAUAGAGAGAGGGAUAGAGAACACCGUUCAAGACAUUAAAAUUUAUAAUGGCAAAAUAAAUAAAAUUCCAAAAAUUAUUAACAGAUUUACGUCUGAUUAAAAUAAGUAUUUGUGCAAAAAAAAAAAAAUAA